AUGAAUUGGAAAGGUGCCGUGUUUGUUGAUCUGGAGAAGGAGUUCGACCGCGUGCCGCACGAGCUGAUAUGGUAUUCGCUGAGAGACCACCAUGUCCCCGAACCGUUGAUCGACGUCGUUAGAACUCUGUACACCGACGCCCACAGUCAAGUACAAACAACAGUAGGAAAGUCGAAGCCGUUUCCAAUACAAGUCGGAGUUCACCAAGGCUCAGCCCUCUCCGCGCUCAUCUUCAUCCUCGUCAUGGAUGCCAUCACGAGAGACCUGCAUACAGAACCGCCUUGGACCCUCUUGUACGCCGAUGACGUCAUGCUGACUACCAAAACGAAAGCCGAACUCCAGGAUCUUCUGACCAUUUGGCAUGUCCGGUUUUUGGAAAUUUUGGAAAAAAUCCAAAGGUUCUUUAUUGUGUUCUAA